CGGAUAGGUUGGUGUUCAAUACCGAGUCGGAUGACGUGCUUUAUCUCAUAAUUUUCUUAGCGGAUCUAUCCUUCCGUGUUCUCAACCUGAAAUCCAUCCCGAAGCCAUCACUAACAUAGUCUCGAGAGAUGUCCAAGAGUUUGCUCAUAAGUACAUGGUUCUACCUCAUUCAAAACAUCGACUCAAACUGACGGCCUUUGGCAGAUCGGUUCAGGCCUGCGAGGAAGAUGAACACCUAAAGGCGCUAGUAGAGUAUGUGCCACCCCAACCGAGUACCCACCAUUACUCAUUUAUUUCUCCAGGUCUCCGACCUCUUUAAAGGAUGUCCAAAACAAUCAGCCGUCAUUUCCGACGUUGGACAAGUUCACCGCUCCAGUGGCUGGUCUCCCCCAGUUUCCCCCAAUGGACCCCAGCCAAUGCUAUUCUCCGCAGCCGUCUGCCGUCCCUCAAGCGUCGCCGGAAGGCCCCGCAGCGCACUUGCAGACGGAAGUAUCUAUUCCCUCAGUAACAGAACAUGCCGGCUCUGACACGACAAAGUAUCUGAGUGGUGGCAGCAGCUUGAAGCCAUCUGCUCCCGUUGGGACAGCGUGUGCCAAGCCUCCCAAGUGUAAAACUCGCCAUACAGUUAAAUCCGAGGGUGACAGUUUGAGUUCGUCUCUCGCGCCACCCACGCGCAAGCGCAGAUGCUUGGAUGACGACAAGGACGAAAUCAGAGAGGGGAAAUUUGGUGUUUACAGACUAGCGGACGCCAGUGCCGUAGUCAUGGCUGUGCCCGUUCACGACCCGAAGCCGGUAGACGUCAGCCGCCGCAGGACUCAUGAUGCUUGCAGCAAUCUUCUUCGAACGAGGAGCUUUGGGGCGAUGGAACUCGAUGAUUCCUACCCCAACCGGUCCGUUAAGAUUACUAAUGAACUACCCGCAGAGAUGACUUGCGUACGAGCAUGCGGUUGGACGGACCAGCCCUGCGGGCUGUUUGUAGAAAUGAACAAAGCUCGCAUCGCACAUCACCUGUUGCAUUGGCACGGUGUCAAAUCCAAAGACACGGCUCCCUGCAAGUUCGAGGAUUGCUGGAAAUCAGAGGCAAUCAUCAAUCUGGGCCGUCACAUUGAGGGCAUCCACUAUGCCACGUCAUUCGAAUGUCCCUACUGCGGCAAGCGGUGGUCGAGAGCUGAUUCUUUGGAUCGGCAUCAGGGGCAAUGCACACCGCUCCUUGCUAGCAAGGACCGCGCUACGAAGGGCAAUUGCCAGUUUAAUCUCCGAGACCCGAAGAAGUUGGUCUAUGGGUAUAUCGUUCCUGCUCGCAACGCGACAUAUAAGAAACAUAUAGAAGAUACACCAAGCGAUAACGAGGAGAGGAAAACACCCUAAGAAGAGGGAAUAUUCGAUGCUAAAAGAGUAUCGAUAAAGGGAGAAGAGGUUCGCGAAGAAUCGGAGAAAGUACUAGAGCACGGGAACAGGAAGUUAGCAGUAGUGACAGAUACAGGCCAAGGCGGACGUACAGUCGUACUCUGGACUAUUGGAUAAUACUUAUUGCACGCUGGAAGUAGCUGAUAAUCGUAUCUUAUCAUGCCGGAGUCUGCCCACACAGGGCCCCUCUGGUUCUCCUCAAUGUAUGCAUAAACCUGCGACCAAUCUCGGCAUACA